ACGUCGACGCGGGGGUUUUCUCCGGAGUCCCGCUAACGCCGCGCCUCUACUCCGGAGCCUGUGUUCCGGCUGUCCCGGGGCGGCGGGCCGACGCGGUUCGGGGCCGGACCCUGGGAUCGGUCCCGGUCACCGCCCUCCCGGCCUGUCCUCCUGGCCGGUCUACCCUAGGGGAGCCUGGCGACGUGGGGUCCCUGAGCCGGGCCGGGGAGCUCGGGGCCCUUCCCCGCCCCGUGGCUCGGAUGGGAGGUGGCGGGAGGAGAGACCUGGGAUGUUCAGUCUGAUGGCCAACUGCUGCAACUUGUUCAAGCGGUGGCGAGAGCCUGUCAGAAAGGUGACCCUUGUGAUGGUGGGCCUUGAUAACGCUGGUAAAACAGCCACCGCAAAGGGAAUCCAAGGAGAGCAUCCUGAAGACGUAGCUCCCACUGUUGGCUUUUCUAAAAUUGACCUUAGACAAGGAAAGUUUGAAGUUACCAUCUUUGACUUGGGAGGUGGCAAAAGAAUUCGGGGAAUUUGGAAGAAUUAUUAUGCUGAGUCCUAUGGGGUAAUAUUUGUUGUGGAUUCCAGUGAUGAAGAAAGAAUGGAAGAAACAAAAGAGACGAUGUCAGAAGUGCUGAGACAUCCGAGGAUAUCAGGAAAGCCUAUACUGGUGCUGGCAAAUAAACAGGACAAGGAGGGGGCCUUAGGAGAAGCCGAUGUGAUUGAAUGUCUCUCCCUGGAAAAGCUGGUCAAUGAGCACAAGUGCUUGUGCCAGAUAGAACCUUGUUCGGCAGUCUUGGGAUAUGGAAAGAAAAUUGACAAGUCCAUUAAAAAGGGGCUUUAUUGGCUCCUGCAUAUCAUUGCAAAAGACUUUGAUGCCUUAAGUGAACGCAUCCAAAAAGAUACAACUGAGCAGCGAGCUCUGGAGGAACAAGAGAAACGAGAGAGGGCUGAGCGAGUUCGAAAAUUACGGGAAGAAAGAAUGGUUCUUGAACCCAGCGAUCUCUCUGUGCUGCCUCCAAGUACUUAUAGCCAUGGCCUGCCAUUUGCAAUAGAACGAGAGCAAACUGAACUCGAUGGGACCAGUGGUCUGGCUGAGAUGGACUCAGGACCAGUUCUGGCUAAUCCUUUCCAGCCCAUAGCAGCUGUAAUCAUUGAGAAUGAAAAAAAGCAAGAGAGAGAGAAAAAGAAGCAGACUGUGGAGAAAGAGAGUGAUGUUUGCCUCCCCGAACAUCGAGUGGAACAGGGGCAAGUAGAGUCACAGAGCCAGCCUAGUGGCUGCCCCCAAAACGACGACGGUGGAGUGGUAGAGAGUUACAAGGAGGCCCUGUCCCAGCAGCUGGACAAUGAAGACGAGCUGGACCAGCGCUCAUCAGAGUCAGAUAAUAGUAAAAAGAAAACUAAGAAACUACGAAUGAAAAGGAGUCAUCGGGUAGAACCAGUCAAUACAGAUGAAUCUGCUCCGAAGAGUCCCACCCCACCCCCACCUCCCCCUCCUGUUGGCUGGGGAACCCCCAGAGUCACUAGACUUCCAAAACUUGAGCCUCUUGGUGAAACACGUCAUAAUGAUUUCUAUGGGAAGCCACUGCCUCCCCUGGCUGUGCGGCAGAGACCUAAUGGUGAUGCUCCGGACAUGAUCUCAUAACCAAGACAGACGGGUUGGUCUUUUUAAUAGCAGACCUUUCCCGAAGCAGGAAAGCCCUAACACUGAUGACUGGGGCAAGACAACUAUAAUAUCAGGGAGGAAAGAAUACCCAAGAACUUGACCUGAACAUUCACUUCUCCACAUUCUGUGGGUAAAGCAGAAAGGAAACAAAAUGACCAGUAGCUGACAAGAGCGUUUGGCCAAGUUAGCAAGAUGUAGUGUUGAUUCUUUGGUUUACACGUGCCUACUCUUGGACAUUCUCCCGAAGGAAAACCUCCUCAGAAAUGGAGCCAGUGGACUCUACGUACCUGAUUUUUUUAAUAGUCUGUAUUUCUAUGCAUUAAACAUGUUUUAUAAAGUACACGUACAUGAAAAGGGUAUUCCUGGGCAUUUAUAACCUAAAUUUUAACUAUUUUUAUAUUUUUUCUAAAGCUUUUGUUUGAGUUUGCUAUUGUAUUGAUUGUGCACUUUUCUACACAUGCUUGCUUCAAUCUGUCUGGAUGGAACAUUGUUACUUGACAGACAUGAAGUGUACAAGCAGGAUGUGUUUAAAUGGCUUGAGGUAUGUUUGGGAUAACAUUGUUUUUAAAAUGUACACCCUUUUUUGACGUAAUUUUAAAAUAGUUGCUAUUUUUUUUAAAGUAGUUGCUAUUUUAAAAAGCAAGUUCUCAGAUCUUUAUUCUAUCCAGUUACAUGAUUUGAAAGUUGUACCUGAGGAGAGAAUUCAGUUCCCUUGUCACUGAUUGCUUUCAUUGGUGAUGCUCUCCAUAAAUGUUAAGGUAUGUGAAAUACUUUUUAAAAAACAUCCUAAGGUUGUUUAAAUUAGUAAGAAUGUGUCCUGUGAGACAUUACUCAAAGCCCUAAAAGACCCACCUCAAGGAUGGGACACUUUGAGAGCUCAGGUGCCCUCUGUCAUGCCUUCUAUCUGUAGGCGCUCCAUUGGCUAUUCGGGUUGUUUCAUUCUCCAUGCUGGGAACUUAAAGGUAAGAAGACUGCGAGGGCUCCUGUAGGUCUGGAGAGUUCAGUUUUACAGUAAAACACAGCCAUUCGAAUGAAAAUGUUGCCUCAAAUCCUUUUAUAAAGAGCUGAUUACAACAUGACAUCUUAAUUUAAAAUGUUAGCACUGGUUUUGCUCAUGAGUGCCAUCUAUGAGGCUCUUUGUUCAUCUGUCCCUUACCAAAGCUUCUAGAGAUAUAUUUAGUAAUGGAUUCAUAUUGUAAUGGCCAACUGAAAGCAUGCCUUUAAGUCAAAGUGAAGAUAAAAAGGAAAAAUUCUCCUAUCACCUUGUUAAGACUGGUACCUUAUACUGACAAUAGACAUACUAGUUUCUGAAUGUAAGUCCAUCUAAGGUGGGUUGAAAUGAUUGUCUUUUAAAUGUUUAUAAUGCAUUGUUCCCAUUUUAGCUCACCGGACCUGAAUCAGUUAGGUCACAUUAUUCUAGUCAGCAUUGGUAGAGUUUCUAUGAGUUUGUGCAUGGUACCUACCUUGCACACUGAGGAAGAAGCAUUUUAAUUUCUAUGCAAAACCCAUAUGCAGAAUUGGUAGGUGGCUCAGAUAUGAGGAGACUCACAAGAACACAGGAUGCAAAUUCUGAACUGGAGUUUAGAGGAAAAUGUGCUCAUCUUUCUGGUUCACUUUGUAAUAUUUAAAUUCCCUUUUAAAACUAAACUCACACUUUUGCUAUCUCUUAACAUUCAUCUGGUUUGAGAAUAAAGAUUUUUUAAAAAAAAUUCUUGCUUCCUACCAGUGUUUACUGUAGAGAACAGUAAUUACCGACUAUUUCAUAAAAACAAUUUUGAAAUUGAAUGUAACAUAAACUGGAAUCGAUGUUUUCUAUAAUACUAUAUGUUUUCUUAAAGCCAUGUAAAAACCUUUUAAAAGAUGUUUUCUAAAUCCUAUCAGAUUUUAACACUUCGAUGCUUAUUUUGUUAUAUUAUACAUUUUCAUUCUUACUCAUCAUGACUUAUAAUUUAUCACAAUAAAAAAAUAAUUUACACCAGUA